AGCGGGGCAGGAGGUGAGCAUUUGAGCUUGAAGGUGAGCUGAGCUGCGGUGGUGUUAAAGACAGUGUUUCAUGGAGUAGGCGUAUUGGUGGUUAUGUUACACCAAAACGGCAGUUGCUCAGGAAUAGGCCUACGUUUUUACACAGUCCCCCCCCCCUAAAGGACUCUUCUCGGACAGGUGCUGGGUUAUUUCUGUAGAUCUUCUUCACCUCUCAUCACUCUUUGGUUUGUUCUUAAACUUGAAACGGAUGAGGACAUUGAGCAGUCACCGCUGAUUUUUUUUGUGGAAAGACUUUCAACUUUGGACCAGCGCUUGUUAAUAAACUCUCACGCAGUCGGGGAGAUGUCUGAAAGAUCGCAGACCCCGGAGUGCCAAAGCCGACCGUAUGACUUCAGCCGGGCAAACCCUUGCACACAAAUUUUGGGUCAGGAGAGUUUGGGCAGCGCUGCGUCAUUCCAGCUUCCUCACGGCGUCCUGCCAGACCCGAGCCUCUUCUACAACAAAACCGCGUACAACGGCAUCACACCGGCAUCAGCGCAGAGCUUUUUCCCGUUCCCAUCCGUCGCCAGUGACUACAGGGGAUCCGACCAACAGGCUGGAGAAUUUGGCCAACCCAAGCACUGGUAUCCCUUCGCUGCUCCCGAGUACACCGGCCAGGUACCCGGGGUAGCAGCAGCUACACAGCCGUUGAACCUGAGUCCCCCCAUAGCCGAGACCCGGGAGCAAAUAAAACUACCUGAAAUAAAGGCCGAGAAGGACACCGAUGAUGACUACUCAACUGAGAUAAAGGUUCAGCAGUACCCAGCACCGCCAGCCUCCACCGCCAUGCCCCAUGGAGUCUUCUACUCUCCGGCCUGGAACCCGUCCUUCUGGCCCGGGAUCACUCAUAUCACACCUCCCGGCAUCAACAAUCAAAAUCCCUCAGCAUCCUCUGCAUCUUCGCCAUCUAUGUCCCCUUCACCACCAAGCAACGGCCUUCCAGGGAAUGCGUUUUUCGGCGUGAAUGCACCCCAGGCUGCCACCGGGCCCCAGACGCAGAACCCGGUCCCCUCCACGCGGAGCAGCGGGUCGUCAAGCGGCGGGUGCAGCGACUCCGAGGAGGAGACUCUCUCCACCGAAGAGCUGGAGCAAUUUGCGAAGGAGCUGAAACACAAACGAAUUACCUUGGGUUUCACCCAAGCUGAUGUUGGCCUUGCCCUGGGUAACCUCUAUGGUAAGAUGUUCAGCCAGACGACUAUUUGCCGCUUUGAGGCUCUGCAGCUGAGCUUCAAGAACAUGUGCAAGCUGAAGCCCCUUCUUCAGAGAUGGCUGAAUGAGGCAGAGACUUCGGAAAACCCCCAGGAUAUGUACAAGAUUGAGCGAGUAUUUGUUGACACAAGAAAGAGGAAGAGGAGGACCAGUCUGGAGGGAGCUGUGCGCUCUGCUCUGGAGUCUUACUUUGUUAAAUGUCCCAAGCCCAACACUCAGGAGAUCACACACAUCUCUGAUGACCUGGGUCUGGAGAGGGAUGUGGUACGCGUUUGGUUCUGCAACCGGAGACAGAAAGGAAAGCGCCUUGCCAUGCCACUGGAUGAGGAUUGCGACGGCCAGUAUUACGAGCAGAGUCCUUCCCCAUUGAACAUGGCGCCCUCCCCCAAUCCCAGUCAGUGCUACCCUGCCUCCAGCUACCCUGGUGCCCCUCCUCCCACACUCUACAUGCCCCCACUUCAUCGACCCGACGUCCUGAAACAAGCCCUGCACCACGGACUGGUUAGUCACCUGACUGGAUAAACAAGCUCAGGUAGUCCUUCCCAGAACCACAGACUGCCUUCCCAAAGCCCUCUCUGUCCAACCCCAAAUCAUGCUGAAGAGGAGCCUCUACACCCAGUGACCAGAUCGACCAAUCAUAUUGGUGGAUCAUGUGAUUUAAAAACACUCAAAGUGUGGAGGCUCUUCUGCUGACUGCAGCAGUGAGAUGGAAGUGGUGAAACUUCAUGAACUGCCACAUGCCACAUCCUCUUACAUGACCCUGCAACUCAACACCAGCAACUGCUUUGACUUCAAGAAAACUUUUAACUAAAUGUUGCUGAAUGUGCCCCCCACCCCCUUCCCUUUCUUGGAUAAUGCAUAGUAAGUUAUUUCAGUGAGAUGUGAUGCUACAGUAUAUGGUUCUUUUGUAGAGUGCUAAAUCCUGGGUAGGUUUUCUGUGGAACAGAUGAGGACGGAUCUGGGUUAUCAAAUUAAUUGCAAUGUGUGGGUUGCUUCUUAAACAGAAUUCAUCUUUGACAGUUUGGUCAGUGUUUGUGCAAUACUUCUGUCCCAUCUGAACAGAGCAACUAAAGUAUUUGUCAUUUGAAGUGAAAAGCAUUCUCGUUCAGAGGCAUCCCCCCCCCUAUUGAUUUUGCACAAAGUUGUUUUGUAAUUAAUUUUUUUUAUACAAAUGUCAGUUUGUAUACCAAGCCCAGACUUUUGCCCUAUGGUGGUUGUCAUUGACAUCUUUAGCAAUAUUUUGAGGGAAUGUGAAGGAUUUGUUACUCACAGGUUUCUUAGCUGUUAAUUCUGCUACUUGCACAAUGUCAAUAUAUUCUCAAUGUCUCAGGUGAAUGGUAGUGAGAAUUAAGUCCAACUUGACUCAAUUAUGCUGUCAAUGUUGAAGCCACACCAGCCAUAUUGUAUUUCAAUACCUCUUUGUUUUCAUUGUAAUUUUUUUUAUUAUAAAGUUUAUGAAAUGCUGAAUAACACUUGA